AUGGCCGAACUGAUAAACGAACUCACACAGUAUCUAUCAGCACUCUACACGAACCCAGACCCAACCAUCAAAUCGAACGCAAACCAAUGGCUUCAAUCAUUCCAGAAAACUGAUGAAGCAUGGAUCACAUCCGACGUCAUACUCAAAACACAAGAGGCACCGAUCGAAUGUAAACUGUUUGCUGCUCAAACCUUCCGUGCCAAGAUCACCUUCGACCUUGACCAACUUCCCGAGCCACACAGACUACAGCUACGGGACUCGCUCUUGACGGCCCUGAGCCAGGAUUCGAUCAUCUCCUCCAAAAUCAUCCUCGUUCAGCUUUGUCUGUCUCUGGCCGAUCUGGCCUUACAACUCCCCGAAUGGCCCACAGUCGUCACCGAUCUGAUAGAGAAGUUCGGCAAGGACCCUAAAACCGUCCCGGUCCUGCUCGAGUUUCUUACCGUCUUCCCUCAAGAGAUCGUCGGCAAUUCGAAGAUCAAAAUUCUCAAUCAAUGGAGUACCCCUGAGAUCGCUCAACUGGUUCCAAGCACCCUUGCGAUGUAUUUGGGCGCUCAAGGUAUCACGACAGCCAUCAAGUCACAAAUAUUUCAUUGUUUAAGUUCUUGGUUGAGGGCAGGCGAGAUUCAAAGUAGUUCAGCAGGAACUCAAUUCAUCCUUGGUUGUGCCUUCUCGGCUCUAGAAGACGAUUCACUAUUCGAAUCAGCUGUGGACUUUAUCGUCGAUCUGAUCCACGAGACUCAAGAGAUCGACGAGAGCAUGCCGGUGAUUCAACUGAUCCUAUCCUUCCUGAUUGCCCUCCAACCCAAGCUCACUCAAGACCGAGACGAUCCAGACAAGAUGCGUGGCUAUUGCCGGAUCUUUGUCGAAGCUGGGGAAUGGUACACCCCAUUGAUCCUCCGCCAUCCAGAAACCUUCUUGCCGAUCGUUCUUGCUAUUCGCUCCUGCUGUGAUUACGAGGAUCUCGAGGUGGUCGGAAUCACCCUCAACUUUUGGUAUCGACUCUCCAAGGGACUACAUCGCAAGAGAGAAGACGCCAACGCAAAACCAUUGCUAGACAUCUACUCCAGUCUGGUACAAACUAUCAUCCGCCAUCUCCACUAUCCCGACGAUCCCAGCUCUCAAGUCGGCCAGGAAGCCGAUGAUUUCCGUCGGUUCCGACAUGACAUCGGCGACACUUUGAAGGAUUGUUGCUACGUGCUUGGUGCCUCGGUCUGUCUUAAGAGAUCAUAUGACAUCAUCGUCCAAGCCAUGUCGAGCAACUCGAACGUCAAGUGGCAGGAUAUCGAAGCACCCCUAUUUUCGAUGAGAACCAUGGGCGCCGAGGUGGAUCUCAAAGAGGACGGGGUCCUUCCGAUGAUCAUGGACAUCAUCCCUAGACUACCCGCCCAUCCUAAGAUCCGAUACGCUACUAUCCUUGUCCUCUGCCGCUACACCGAAUGGACCAAUCUUCAUCCCGACGGAAUCCCCUUCCAACUCCAGUACAUCUCUUCUGGCUUUGAAGACCCCACCCAAGAGGUCAGACUAGCCGCCGCCCAAGCCAUGAAAUUCUUGUGUCGGGAUUGUGCCCAGCAUUUGAUCACUUAUCUUCCUCAAUUGCAUUCGUUUUAUCAAAACAUGAGCUUGACCCUUGGUCAGGAUGAUAUGAACGAAGUCUCUGCAGCCAUUGCACAUAUCAUCGCUGGUCUUCCUGCCCCUCAAGGCGCUGCCGCCAUGUCCACAUUCUGCAUGCCUCUUGUAGAAGGACUGCACAACAUUGCGGCCAGGAAGCAGGCACCCACCAAGCAAGUACAGCAAAAUGUUUCAGAUCUUCUGGAGCGCCUAGACACGUUUCUUUCGAUCAUCGGCAGACUGGAAGGAGACCUGCUGCCGGACUGUCUCAAGUCGAUGGGCGAGAUCUGGACGGUUAUCUCUGAGAUCCUGGAGCAAUACGGGAGCAGUAUCAAACUAUCGGAGCGUAUCUGUGCGCUGAUCCGUCGCGGGCUGACGUUCUACGGCGAAGCCUGUCUGCCUCUCAUCGGCUCCGUCUUAGAGAAGGUCACUGCAGGCUUCGAGGCUUCCGGCUGCUCGAGUUAUCUUUGGAUCACUUCCAAGAUCGUCGCCGCUUUCCCUGAACUAACCGAUCCUAACUUUCUCUCGGCUGUACAACUUGCCUUCGAACGCCAGAGCAAUCGUGUAUUCCCUCUCCUCAACGAGAACAACGCUUCCACGAUCUCUGAUGUGAUCGAUGAUUACAUACAUCUUUUGUCUAGCCUGAUGGAUUACCAAGACCAGAUCCUGAUCUCUUCGAACUGUUUUCAUCAAUCCUUCCCACUGGUGCUGACAUGUCUCGAGUUCUUCGAUCCCGAGCCGAUAUUCACCAGUCUGAACUACAUCCGAGAGAUCCUCGGGCACUCGAGUCUAGAGCUACAGGCGGCAGCCUCUUCAUCAUCUGGGGCAGGGGGGAAGCCCGGGUCGGCGACGAGCAAUGCUCCUCCUGGCUCGAAUCAGAUGUCUGUUCCGGUCGCUCCGGCGGGCUACCAUCUGUUUGCACAGUCGAUCAAUCAACUCGUCACACAGAACGGAUACUUGCUCUCCGAUGUCUUGCUCAAGAGAACCCUCACUGACUUCCCCGAAGACUGCCUCUCCACCGUCAUCAUCCUCUUCAGGCUUUUGGCCGACUUUUAUCCCACCCAAUUGGCGUCUUGGGUCCCCUCAGUCAUCGAACGUUUGCCCCCCAAGGUCGCUACUAUCCCUGAUAAGGAGAAAUUCCUCCUCGCUUUUAAACAGGCACUGGAGCAGAAUCGAUCAGAAUUGGUUAAACAAUCAAUCCUCGAUCUAGUCAAAAGCACAAAACGUGAACGAGCUCGAGAAAGAUUCACAGAAGAACGUUAG